GGGGCCGGAGCGAGGGUGGAGGGAAGGGGGGGUACCCAGGAGCCGGGAGCUGGGAGCCAGGAGGGUGUCGGAGGGACCUGUCUCUUUAAGUUGCCGGAGGCUCGCUGGCACUGCGCGGAGGGAACGGCGGGAGGCGCGGCCUGGUCUGGCUCGCACAGCCGCCGCGCGCGCCCCGGGCUCGGCCGACCCGCCGGGGGACGAGGGCCAGCGGCCUGGCGGCACCGCGGCGCACGCUUCCUGGCAGUUACUGAUCAUCUCUGAAGAAACAUGAAGUCAUACUAUAUUGUUAUGGUUACGCUAGUCAUCCUGAUGUUCCUGACCUGGCUCCCUGUGUCGCUCAGCUGUAACAAAGCACUCUGUGCUAGUGAUGUGAGCAAAUGCCUCAUUCAGGAGCUCUGCCAGUGCCGGCCCGGCGAGGGCAAUUGUUCCUGUUGUAAGGAGUGCAUGCUGUGUCUGGGGGCCCUUUGGGACGAGUGCUGUGACUGUGUUGGUAUGUGUAAUCCUCGAAAUUACAGUGACACACCUCCAACUUCAAAGAGCACGGUGGAGGAGCUGCACGAGCCCAUACCUUCUCUCUUCCGGGCACUCACAGAAGGAGAUACUCAGUUGAAUUGGAACAUUGUUUCCUUCCCUGUUGCAGAAGAACUUUCACAUCAUGAGAAUCUAGUUUCAUUUUUAGAGACUGUGAACCAGCAACACCACCAAAAUGUGUCUGUUCCCAGCAAUAAUGUUCAUGCACCUUAUUCCAGUGACAAAGAACACAUGUGUACUGUGGUUUAUUUUGAUGACUGCAUGUCCAUCCAUCAGUGUAAGAUAUCCUGUGAGUCCAUGGGAGCAUCCAAAUAUCGCUGGUUUCAUAAUGCCUGCUGCGAGUGCAUUGGUCCUGAGUGUAUCGACUAUGGUAGUAAGACUGUCAAGUGUAUGAACUGCAUGUUUUAAAGAUGGAAAAGAAAUGCAAACCAAAGCCGUUUAGUAAAAAAGAAGGUAUGAAAAUUAUUCAGUAAGUCUGUUGGUUGCAUCAGAAUGCCAGCAAGUUAAGAAGAUGUAAAGAAUUUAGAAUGAGUUGCUUUUAAGGUUAUGACAUAUGCAAUAAUGUGUUAAAUUAUGUGAUCAUUAACUGCUCUUAUUGACUUUACUGCCCACUGGCAAUAAACCCUUUCCUUUGAGUACAUAUACAGCUUUGGUCAUAGAAGCAGGUGCACAGAGCAUUCCUUGAAAGGUCUGAGAUUUUCAACAUAAAGCCUAAUGCUGUUUUCUUCUAGCAUUCCAAAAGCUUUUUGUUUUGAAAGUAUUAGCAGAAGCAUGUUAAUGUGAGUUAUAAUUUCUUCGUGUGCUACUCCUAGGACACUGAGUAUUUGUAGUUGCACACCAUUCUUCACUGUGCCUUGUAUUGUUUAUUUUAUAUAAAUAAAGUAGAUAUGCAAAUAUAUCACUCUAAGAAUUCACAUAAAAAUCACCACAAAAAGCUUAAUUUCAAACCUUUUUAAGUGAGUUUUAGAAAGUAAAUGCUUACUGUAUUUUAUCAUUGAAAACUCUUGCCAGUAGUAUCCAUCAUGUAAUACACAUGUUGACAGAGCUUUAGGGAAAGUUUCUCAUUCUUUUCCAUCCUCCCUACCCAAAAUGCUGACACAGGCAGUGACGAAGAAUCCUUACCAAGGAUUUCAGGGUACACCUUUGAAAUUGCAUUAAAUACACCGCGAGGGUAAAUAGCAAGCUACAGCAUUCCUUUGACUUAAGGUACCAGCUUAAAGAGCACUCAGGGGAACAAAUGCCAAAUCAGACUCACGUAGAGCACCAGGGAAAUAGCUUGUCCCCUUGUAGGGAAAUGGCAUCAGUGAGCGGUCGGGCUGUGCUGGAGGCAAGACAGCAGCGCUCCCAGCAUGUGGGGGCUGGGGAGGACUUGAAGAAGAGAAUUUACGGGUAUGAACAGGGAAGGGUGGAGUCUUUCAUUUGUUAAGUUCACGUCUGAUCUAAUGUUCUUAUUAAACAAGUAUAAUCAUAUGGUGGGGGUUAAGAUUAUGGAAUUUCAAAAUCACUGUUCAAGAUGACGUUCACUCCGAAUACACUACAGAAUAUUUAGUCGGCUUUUUAUAUAAUGUUUCAAUAAAGAUAAGCUUAAAUACUAUGUGCCCUUCAUAGUAAUAAAAUCCCAAUUUUCAAGCAUGAAUUUAAAACCUAAAUAUUUAUAUUACAGAGACUCUUAACAUUACAGAAUUACUAAUUUCUCUAGUGCAUAUUUGAAUUACAAGUAACUUUCUAGGAAUACCUCUUUAUACAUCUACAUAUUUUAGUAUAUAGAAAUAGAUAAUACUCUUGGAUACAUUUUGUACUCAUCUGAACAGUAGGUAAUUAAAAGAUCAUUUGUAAUAUUAUGAUUAACUAUUAUAAAAUGUAAAGUGUUAAUACCUUUUCUGUUCUUUCAGAUAAUUCUAAUGAAUAUUCAAGGUACUUUAGCCUUUUAAAAAGUUGAGAUUUAACUCAUGGGUGUAUUUUUUUGGUAGGAGAAUAUUGGAGUACCCUUUUCUUACUUUUACCUAGAAUGCCUCUGUUUAAAAGUGCCUUAAAAGCAUUGUAGCUCCCCUUCUCCACUAAUACCUAUAAAGCUGAGAGUUUUCUUGAACUUUAGAGAGAGAAAGCUUUAAAGGAAUUGGUAGCCAACUGCUAUAUCUCAACUUUGCUGUUUUUCAAAGUAAUUUCCUACCUAUGAAUGGAGGAAUGCUUUCAUUUUUAUUGGCAACAUGCUUAAUGUUUUCUUAAUGAUGACAACAAACAUUUUUAAACUGCAUUUAUCACCUUUUUUAGAUCUUCAUUAUUAAAUUUUAAAAUGUAAUAUCUCUUUCCCACACAUUACAUUGGGAGGAUAAUUUCCUAAACCACAUGUGCAGUUUGGACUGAUUUUUCUUACCUCUGUUUCUUCCAUUAGAAAUUAUCCCUAAAUGUAAUGGUCUUUUAUAUUCAAAUUUUGCUUAAUUUUUCUGAUUUAUGAAGGAGUUGAAAGAGUUUACCUAAAAGAUUCCAUUUCUAGUUUUAUAAUGUAUUUCAGGUUUUGAAUAACAAUAUUUUUCCAAAUUGAAAGUGUAACAUUUGAGAAGCCAGUAGCCUUGCUAAAAUUUUGAUACUCUAUUACCAUCCUAUUACUAUUUGCUUCUAUUAGAAGCUUUGGUAAAAUUUGUUUUCUUUUUUAAUCAAAAACUCAAGUAUCUUUUUUAUUACCAGAUAAAAAAGACACUAGAUUUCAAAUUGGUGAAUAUUGUAAAAGCCAUUAUAAAAGGUCCUUCCCUAUAGUAAAAUAUGUGCUGGCUAGCAGGUUUUUCUGGUGGUUAUUUUUCCCCUAUAACAUUUAAUUAUUACUAAAACUGUACUCAUAACAAUGGUACCAAAUCAAAUGAUAAUUCAAAUAAAAUCUAGUUUUUGUUUACAUAGGAUGGUAUAAAAGAGAGGUCUUCAUUUAGAAAUAUGAUUUCUAAAGUUUCAGAAAACAAAAUUGAUAAGAUGUUAGAAUAUUUGUUAGAAUACAAUUAUUUAUAAAUCAGAGUAGCAUCAAAGUGGAGAAAAGACACUGAAACCUCUCUGAAAAAUUAGAUAAAUAAAAAUAAGCCACAUUUAAAACAUUUGUUUUUAUGAAAGCUUCUUUAAAGAUUUUUAAAAUCUAUUUUGCAUUCCCAAGAAUCUGUUUAUUGUAUUUCACAUGAUCUACAACAUAUAAAAUUGUGUAUUUUUCUUUGUCCCUAUAAACAAAAACUAUUUUAAUAAAACAUUGAAAAUGA